AUUGGUUUACAGAAUGUGCAUUUAAUUCUGAAGAAGAAUAAUAAAUAAGGGGGCGUGGACUUGCAGGUGCUGAAAACUGCGGAAGCGGAAACCGUCGCGUCGUGUCGUCUCCUCGAAGAUUCCUGACCAUCGGCUCGGGCUGCGGGAUCUGGUCUCUGACAUCUCGAGACGAGCCAAUGCAGUCAGGGGGGAGAGAAAGCAGCAGGAUGUACGCUCACUGAACCAGCAGCUGCACUCAGGCAACAUAAAGUCUUUCAGGCACCACAAUUGUGGAGGUUUGACUCCCCAUCCCCAGACAGCAUGACGUCCUCUAUGCUCCGCCGACAGCUGAAGAACCUGGUCCAGAACUACUCUGAGGCUGAGGUCAAGGUGAGGGAGGCGACAUCUAAUGACCCAUGGGGUCCAUCCAGCUCGCAGAUGGCUGACAUCUCUGAUCUGACCUACAACGUCGUGGCCUGCAACGAGAUCAUGACGAUGCUCUGGAAACGCCUGAAAGAUGACAAGAACUGGAGACACAUCCACAAGUCGCUGACGCUGCUGGAGUACCUGUUAAAGACCGGAGAUGAUCGCGUGCUUCUCAAAAUGAAAGACAACAUCUACAUUGUCAAAGCUCUCACAGAGUAUCGCUUUGUGGAAAAGGAUGGCAAAGAUCAGGGUGCAAAUGUGAGAGAGAAGGCAAAGGUUGUCCUUGUACUUAUGGAGGAUGAUGACAAACUAAAAGCAGAGAGAGACUUUGCGGUCAAGACUAGAGAGAAGACGUCAAAAAGCUCUGCAGCCUCAUCCACCGACACCGUCAAAGAUCCCACCUACAAGCCGUGCUAUGUUCCUGGGGCCACAGGGCUUCCAUCCUUAGACAACAUUCCCUCAGUCGCUGACUUGACUGCUUCUUUCGCUGCCCGCAAAGAGGAGCGUCUUCGACAGGAAACUGAGAAGAAAGAAGCGGAGCGGAGGGCCAAGAUGAGUGAAGAGGAGCUGAAAUGGGAGGAUGCAGGCAAAGGCAAUAACAUUAAAGAAGCUGUCUGGGGCCAAGAUGAAGCAGAGGAGGAGGAUGGGAAACAAGAUGCAUGGGGAGCUCCUAAACAACCUAAAGAGGCCACAGAUCCAUGGGGCACACCUGCAGGACCUGACACAGCUGACACACCAGCUAGCAGCGACCCAUGGGGGGCUCCGAGUAAAAGUGAUGAAGAUCCAUUUGUUGCUCCAAAGAAUGGAGAAGAUCCUUUUGCAGCGCCAAAAGAUGAGCCAGAUCCAUUUAGUGCGUCAAAGGAUGACCCUUUCAGUGCACCCAAAGACAAAGAAGAUCCGUUUGCUUCUCCGAAAGACAAACCGGAUCCCUUCAGUUCGUCCAACAAUGAUACAUUCAACGCUCCACAAGAUGAUCCGUUCAACGCUCCACAAGAUGAUCCGUUCAGCGCUCCAAAAGAUGAUCCGUUCAAUGCUCCAAAAGACGAUCCGUUCAGCGCUUCAAAAGACGAUCCGUUCAGCGCUCCAAAAGACGAUCCCUUCAAUGCUCCAAAAGACGAUCCGUUCAAUGCUCCAAAAGACGAUCCCUUCAGCACUUCAAAAGACGAUCCGUUCAAUGCUCCAAAAGAUGAUCCGUUCAACGCUCCAAAAGACGACCCUUUUAACACCACAAAGGAUGAUCCUUUUAACACCCCAAAAGAUGACCCAUUCAGUACCCAAAAAGAUGAUCCUUUCACUGCACCAGCAUCAACACCCCCUAAAGAGGACCCAUUUGCAGCACCAUCAUCAUCUAAAGAUGACCCCUUCAGUGCUACCACAACACCACCUAAAGAAGGUCCGUCCUCUGCACCAACUAAACCUGCCCAGGAUGACCCUUUCGCUGCACCAACAACACCCCCUAAAGAGGACCCUUUCACAGUGCUAUCCAGCCCAACAAAAGAUGAUGCCUCAGAUCCCUUCAAUGCCCCUCCUGUGAGCUCUCCGCAGAGCAGUGCAGAUGCAUGGGGAGCCUCUGCUAGCUCUCCACCUGCCAGUGGGUCAGAUCCCUGGGGGGCCCCAUCUGCUCCAAAUGAGACAAAGGGCGGAGAUCCCUGGGGGGACGGGACAAAGGCCUCCUCACCCAUCGAUACUUCUGAUGGUUUUGGGGAUGCAUCCAAACCAGACAAUGACCCAUGGGGGGCCCCAGCCACAGCUCCCGCUAACACAGAUGAUGCUUGGGGUUCACCUGCUCCUCCCUCAGACUCCUCCCCAUCUAGUGACCCCUUUGGAGAUGGAGCAUCUAAGAAAGGUGAUCCCUGGGGAGCACCGAGCAAUGGGACAGGAAGACGAACGGCGCAGGAAAAGGAGACAUAUAGAAAGACUGCUUCGUUUCUUGGCUCUGCGGGGGCGUCGCUUGUAGACUUGGAUGACCUAUUUUCUUCUAACCCCAAGCCCAAACAGCGCCCCCUCGGCAACACACUCGCCGCCCAGACACAAGCCAUUGAUGCUUUUAAAGCCAGGGACAUGCCAUCUGGCCCUGUGGUCAGAUCAGGGGCUGUUGCAGGGUUGUCCCCUCCUGAACCCCCAUGCUGCCGUCCUUUUGGCUCCACCCUCGGUACCUUCUUUAAUGCACCUCCUUACACCUUUGGAGCUGUCAGUCUUUCCAGUGAAACUCCCCUAUUUCAGCUACCGUCCCAUACUGUGGUGGCACCUCCUCCUGGUUCAAAUAUGCUUCAUGCUGGUCAGGUGGCCCCUGUGUGUUCAGGAACUGGAAUGGUACCCUCUAUCAUGAAACCCCUCUGUGGAGGAUUGGAAAUGGGGCAGUCUGGAUCUGUGCCAGGGAAUCCCUUGAUAGACCCUCUUUUAGUGGGACCUGGAAUGGUCCAGUCCAGUUUCUCUGGAGGAAAUCGCCAAGCAGGACCAUCUCACUUGGGAGGAUCCACUUCACAGGACGGGGGUGGAAUCCUCUUCCAACCACUUUUGUCCUCAGGCAGCGAGUUGGGCAAGACGUUGAACAAAAACAACCCAUUCCUCUUCUGACAAGUCGACAUGUUCUUGUCUGUUAAAAACCAACCAAAAACCACUCUGGGUAGUUUUACAUGUUGUAGCCUCCUAAGUCUGUCAGGGCUUUUGGAUUGUUUUCUGAUUUACCUUCCAGGCAGCCAUUAGUUUCAGAUACUUUCAUUAUGUUAUGGAGUUUCUGUCAUCAUUUUUACCAGCCUGACAAUAGUACUGAAUGGUCCUGAAUGACAUGUCAGAAUAUCCUUGACUGCAAAGAACCACUUCCAAAACUCUUCAUAAAGGUUAUGCAAGUGAUGUCACAAUAGAUGGAGGUCAGCAUGUCUAAAAGUCAGUGGCAACGUGGUUAACGUUUCUGAACUGCUGCAAUGUUAGCGCACAGCUCGAAUUUGUGCGAAAACAAAAAAAACAGGAUAUCAGGCCACAUGUCAGUCACAAAUGGUUCUUUGUUAAGCUGUUCAGUCCAGCUACCUUCAGGUGGUUUUACACAUGGCCUCCCCUUCUAAAAGCAGCCAUGUUGGCAGGUGUUUUCAGAGUCCCUGCUCACCACUAAACUAACAUGCUCUGAAAUCCUUACUUUGACCUUGAUGGACUGAAGUCAGUGGCAGCCUAGAAGGUAAAAAAAAAAAACCAAAACAAAACAAAAAAGCAGCAUAAAGCAGUGGACAAAUGGACAGUACUUACAUGUAUACAACAACUCAGGCUAAAACAUGCAAAACCACUUUAACUAAAGCUCGUCAGCUUAGACUCACCCACCCCCUGACAUCUGCACAUGUCCAGUUAGUAUAAUAGGCAUGGUCUCAAUGUAUGCAGCGUAAUAUAUUAUCAGUGUAUUAUUUGAAAUGAACCGGUCCUGUUCUUCUUCAUGCACAAGUCUAAGACGCAGAGAGCAGCAGGUGUGAGUGUCCAUGUGGAAGUACUGAAGCAUUAGUGUGUGUGUGUUGUGUGAUUCUGUGAAAACAUGGACAGAACUGCUGUGGGAAAGACAUCACUGUAGGAUCUCAUGAAGUGUGUGUGUGUGUGUGUUUGUACAAGGCCGAGUGUGUGUGCAGUAUAUAUUGUGCUGUUGUAAAUAGUGGAAAGUAAUCACAGAUAAACCUUGAAAUAUACAGUAUAUCAGAGUGUUACAAUCACAAGUAACUAUUUAUUGAUUAAGUUAUUGAUUAAUUUAUUGCUUGAUUAUUUAUUGAUGCAACGAUGCAGCAGUGGCCUCCAACAAAGACAAGUUGAGGUCAACUUCCCUUACAGUGACGUCAUCAGACAGGCCCGCCUCAUGGGAUUGAUCACGUGAUGUGAACUCGAUUGGCUUUCUGAUCUAAUCUGAUCCGGCCGUUCAGACGCUGCGUUAUCAAUCAACUCAGACACCACUGGUGGCUUUCUCAUCCCUCUUUAGCUUCGUAGUCAUCCUGGUUUCCUUGUGUAGUUUGUUGUACCUGCUAGACAAGAAGCAGAAAUGUGUUGUUGUUGAUGUUUAGCUACAGAGUUGGCUAAAUAAAAACCGAAUUUGAGCAUAUCAACCUCGUUAAAGUGCAUGCUGUCUGAGUGUGUGUAUGUGUGUGCGUCUGCCUGUCGUGUGUGUGGUGUGGGAGAGGAAAGAAAUAUUUCAUCACAUAUUUGCUGCAGUUCUUCAUGCAGCUCUACAGACAGCUGCUGUUUGUGGCUGAAGGUGCAUAGCAGGAUUGAUCACAGUGUGUGAGAUGUGAAAAGAGCUGAGGGAAUGGAAGGCAGCCUGAAAACAGACGGGACUGACGGGACUCCUGAGAGGUCACACAGUUUGGAAAUGUUAGUAUUCUUUGUGUUUCAUGGGCUUGUACACAUCUUCUGUGUAUUUUUGUCUCCUUAAAAUGUGAACACAAGUGGACCGAAAGGAAGUGUCGCAUCAGGGAGCUGCAAGAGGGAAAGACGGAGACGAAAAACUAGUCUAUAACACCAUUAUUAUUACUACCAUUAUUUUCUGAAAUUUGAUUUUGUAUGAAAUGAAUUUAUUUUGCUGUGUAUUUAAAUCUAAAGCUGUGUUGUAAACUGUGACAGUAUGCAGUACAUUUGAGAAAUUAAAAGAAACGUUAGUAAGUGAAA